AUGAAUAACAAGCUUGCAAUGUCUCGAGCGCUCGGCGCAGCCUUCCUCACACACCAAGUUGAACAGCUCGAGAAAUCCGUCUCCGCGGGACCAGGCGCUCGCAACUGGCGUGAGCGGAGGCCCGCACCGGAUUCCAACGUUCCCAGUGGCAGAGGCGUCAUCAACUACGGGGGCAAGCGAUCACCCGUCCCGACCGGAGCGAAGGUGGCGAGAAGGAAGCCAGGCGAGGGAGAACGGGAAAGGAUGGCCGGCGAGAUCAGGAUCAAGAAGAGAGAGGAGGAGAGACGGGAGGAGCGCAGAGAGCCGAGUAAGGAUGCAGAUGUCGUGGUGCUAGAUUCGAGCGUCUUGAUCCAUGCGCUAGGCCAAGUGAAGAAGUGGUGCAGGGACGGCCGCGAGGAGAUCAUCAUUGUGCCGCUUGAAGCCCUCAACACGCUUGAUCUCCUCAAGAAAGGCACGAGUCAUCUUGCCCAGCGGGCCCGCGCAGCCUCGCGCAUCCUCGAGGCCCAGGUCGGCACGAAUCCCCGCAUCCGCGUGCAACAGGACUCCGCCUUUGUCCUCUGGGAUAGCAUCACAUUCUCCGAGCCCGCCGCAGAUGACAACAGCGUUCCUCACGCCGCGAGCUCGCCGGAAUGGGUCCGCCGCACGAUCUGCUGUGCCCGCUGGGAAGCCGUUAACGCAGCGACUGAGCUCCCUGCGGAUCGUUCGGGCACACCCGGGGGCCCACGCAUCGUCCUCGCCGUGCUCUCGCAGCCUCCCACGCAGCCAGUGCAGCAACUCUCGCCCAAGUUGGCCAACGCAGCCGCAUCUCCCGUCCCACUCCCGGUUCCGCACGCCAACAAGCAUGAACCUCGCACGGCCGGCGCACUCGUAGCUCACUGGGCACGACGCGCAGGGAUCGACCUCAUGAUGGUGCGGCCCGCACCGGCCGGCGAGAGUGUAGGCGCGCGUGGGGAGGACGAGGAGGAGCGAGAGAGACCGAAGCGCGCGCCUGUGCACCGCGGGCGCAAGAACUCUAGCUCACACUCGGGCAGUGAGCGGGAGCGGGAGCGGGGCCCGGGUGGCGGCGCACUAGUCGAGCGCCCACCGGCAGUCAAGGCGAUGAUGGAACUCGUCGCGCAGCCUAGCAAGGUCGUUCGCGUGCUCGCACGCGGGGAAAAGUUGGAUCCCUGA